AUGGCCUUAUACUACUCAAUCGAGUCCUUCUCCUUCCCCAACAUUGAUGAUCCCAGUCUGGUGUACAUAUACUUCCAUUGCACCAUGGUGGUCUGUUUCAAGAACGACCCGGACUCGCGGUGCAGUCAGGGCUGCAUCCCGCCCAGCCGGCGCAGGCGCGCUGUGUCCGACCUGAGCGAGGCCCGAGUGCGACGUGCCAGCGAAAGGGACAGCACAAGGACCGUCACCCAGGGGCCCUUCAAAAUGGAGAAUGCACAAGAACAAGUACUUGCAUUUCUGUCCUGUUACCUAGGUUACCGCUGCUUCAAGGCCGUCAUGUUCCUGACAGGCUUCAUCUUUGGUUCCGUCAUCGUCUUCAUGCUGUGUAACGAGGAACGUUUCUACACGACGUACCUCAGCGUGGAAGCCAGCGCGGGAAUCGCCAUUGGGAUCGGUGUUCUGUGCGGACUUGUGACGAUGCUCAUAAAUGCAGUGGGACUCUUCAUGACUGGUUUCACCCUGGGGAUGUUCCUCUCGGCCGCUCUCCUGAUCGUCCUGGAGGCGUUCUACCACCCGCCCACGGUGUGGAUCCCCGUGGGGAUCAUCUUCGGGGUGGGGAUCCUGUUCGCGGUGCUGACCUUACAGUGGCAGAAGUCGUGCACCAUCCUGGCCACCUCUGUGUUCGGAGGCGCGAUCAUGACGGUGUGCGUGGACUACUUCGUGGAACACUUCAUCAUGGUGCAGUACGUGUGGGAGCGGUUCAUGGCCGCGCUGUCGGAGCCCGUGUGCUGGUACUCCUGGGUCAUCCUGUCCAUCUGGCCGGUACUGAUGGUCAUCGGGGUGGUCGUGCAGCACAGAGUGACCGGCAGGAACUUUGACCACCAGGAAGCCUCACGAUCUCGCAGAAGUUACUCGCGAACGGAAACUCAGGAACCCUCUCACGAGGGGGACGAUGUAGUUGAAAAUAGUCGGCAACAGCGUGAUGUAGUGGUUGUGAUCAGCAGGAAGAAGCGGCGUGUGCACCUGUACAGGAUACGUCAGCAGGACGCCCGCGUGCGCCAGCGCAACAUGAUGGAGGAGAGAUACCGCCAGUACCAGGACCUCUACAGACCCGUCCGACGUUUCCAUGGCGAUAUCAUCACGCAGAACUACCUGCAGAGUCUACAGAACAAGUCCCCUGGCCCACAGACCCCCACCUCGCAAACACCGACAUCCAUCGAGGCGGAGACCCCCCCGCCACAUCUGGAGACGUACACCCCAGCACACGGCGCCAACGUCACGCCGUCCGCUCCCAUCGUGGCCGUGUAAACAACCGCUGCUGAAGAACACCCAACGUCACAGAGGAUGGUACCUUCUUAACACCCCUAUUUUGUAGUGGACACUUUCUGAGAUUGAUGUAAAGAGAGGGUAGACAGGCACUCUACACUUUCAAAAUAGGCGUGAAAAGAGACUGCAACAAAUCUUUAGACCAGGCCUGAGAGAGUAAAAUGUUUAACAUAUUAGCAAUAGAAAGGAUUCUUCUACAAGGAUGUUACUCUGAUUCUUCUACAGCAAUGUAGAGAAAACUUGUUUUCUUUACAAGGAAAAAGCAAGCUCAUGAUUUAAGUGUCUACUAUGUAUAAUCAAGGACUUGGUAUAAUAAGGAGUCAACUGCUACUUUGCAAACAAGAAAAAACAUUGCUUUGAUGCAGGACUAAAGGCAUAGAAGGAGAAAAGUUGCCUGUUGGUAGAGUUGUCAGAAAUCAGACUUAUUCAACUUCUCAUUUAGGGAGUCCAUAA